GCUGUUCGUGUUGAUCGUGGUGAUAGUCGUGUUGUCUUGUUGUGGCCAGGCCUGUUCAACCCGCGGAUGAUCGAGGUGUGAGCCAGCAGGAUUUCAGUGUCAUCCGAGAGGAUCUACCAGUGGAGUAACCAGCGAGCACCGUGUUACGUUCGCGGCCUAGUGACCUGACCUUGGGUCGGCCCGACCAGGGAGUGGCAGAAAAGCAGCGUCCACUCUGAAACUCGACGAUGUGAAGUGGAUGUAGAGAUGGGACGCGUCGGUCACCUCCUGUAAAUAUAUUUUCGAGCAGAAAAAUCGGCUUGCAUGGACCUUGACUAACUGGCCUUAAUGCGAGGACUGCAGGCAUUCAGUGCGCCGACAGAGGAAAUCUCAAGAAUGUGAACAAUCAAACUAACGCAAAUGCCCAACCAGGCACGGCCUCGUCAAGAGUGGUCUCCCAAGUCCCCUAUACAUGUAUUGUGGAUGCCCCGCUCUGCCAUGAGGCCGGCCGAGGGCGACACUUCGGACUGUAUCCUGGUGGUUGGUAUAUCCAGACCGAAGAUGGCCGCAGCCUUCCUCACGGUGGUCCUCCUCUCCCUGUUUCUCACCUUCCACAUCCUGUACGACAGCGCCGUGUACAGCUUGCACGCGGCCUCGGCCGUCGAAGGACGAACCGUGGAGCUGGUGUCGCAAGUUCGAGCCACCCCGCCUUUGCUCUUCUCCAGCAAAGUCCACUUCCCACGUACUAGUCGUCAUCUACCUCAGGCAAUCAUCAUAGGUGUGCGGAAAUGUGGCACCAGGGCGCUCCUCGAGAUGCUCUUCCUUCACCCGCAGAUACAGAAAGCCGCCGGCGAGGUUCAUUUUUUUGACCGAGACGACAAUUAUGGCAAGGGACUCGAAUGGUACCGAAGGAAAAUGCCAUAUUCCUUCAGGGGUCAGAUCACCAUCGAAAAGAGCCCCAGUUACUUCGUCACACCGGAGGUACCCGAGAGGAUCCGCGCGAUGAACGCGAGCGUGAAGCUGUUGCUGAUCGUCCGGGAGCCAGUGACCCGCGCCAUUUCGGAUUACACGCAGCUCCGUACGCACGCGGCGACCGCGUCCACCAUAACGAACGGUACGCCUCGCAGCGUGCAGCAGCAACAGCAGCAACAAUCAGCUCGUAGUUUCGAGGAGCUGGUGAUGCGACCCGACGGCACCAUCAACGAGUCCUACAGGCCGGUCGCCAUCUCGUUGUACCACACGUACAUGCACAGGUGGCUGGAGGUGUUCUCAAGGGAGCAGAUCCUGAUAGUGAACGGUGACCAACUGAUCGAGGACCCUGUACCCCAGUUGCGCAGGAUCGAGAGCUUCCUGGGACUAGAGCCUCGGAUCGGCAGGCACAAUUUCUACUUCAAUCACACCAAGGGUUUCUACUGCCUGCGAAACGAGACGUCGGAGAAGUGUCUGAAGGAGAGCAAAGGCAGACGGCAUCCACGGGUCAGUCCGGUGGUCGUCACGAAGCUGAGGAGGUUCUUCAACGAACAUAACCAACGAUUCUACGAGCUGGUGGGAGAGGAUCUGGGCUGGCCUGAGGAAUAACCGUCGAGAGGAAGCGGUUCGAUCGACCUGAUCGUGUCCAUGAUGGAAGCGUUGCGUGCAGCCAUGAUGGAUCGCUGAGUUCCCCGAAGAAGCAACUUACCUCUUCUCUUCGUGACGGUGUUUCGCCCCGAAAUUUCCACGUCGAAACUCGGCUGGACCGAGAGUUCUCAACGAAAUUAACGCGAAAAGAAUUAUUAUCGAGGACCUUGAAAAUCGUCUACGAAUUAACGGAAACACCGGUCGUUUGGCGAAUCGAGUCUCGCGACGAAAGAUGAUUCAAACGAGAGAAGAGGAUUCCGUCGAAGAAAAUCAGGAUUUAAUUGAAGAGACUUCGAGGAUGCGUCGAAGAUUCUUCGGGAACUCAUCUGCAAUAGGCAACUCCUCGUCGUGGAGAGAAUCGAGGCUGAUCAGAGGAUGAGUACCUUUUAUAUUUUACUGAUUAGCUGUAAAAUUUAAACGGAGUAACAGCAAGAUGGUAACGCGAGAUUUGGGGAACUUCAAUGUGCUCGAAUAUCAUUUUUUUACUGAUAAAUAGAUGCAGAAUUCCUUGCUAAAGUUAAGGUUUAAGUUUCUCCUGCCGAUGUUAACUGUACACGUGAUAGGAUUUUUUAGCAAUGCAGAUCAGCACUUUUAGGCGGUAAAUUUGAAAAUGUAUUAAACUUGCAAGGUUCAAAAUUUUGGAAUUUAGAACCUUAUAUUAUUGAAUCUACCAUUUUUGUUUAAAUUUAAGAACUUUAUAAUAUGGAAAAAUGAUCUGGGAACUCUAAAAAUAUUGAAAUUAUACAAAUUGGAAAUAUGAAAGCUUGGUAAAAUAUUUGGUAGAAAUGUAAAAUAAGUGUUGGUCUCCUGCAGAAAGAAACUUAAGUGUACCUCGUUAACGGCAGAAAUUCCCACGAAACAAAUAAAAAAACCGAAUAAAGUUUACAUACGUAUGACUUUCGAAACAGUUUCUUCGAACUUGAAAAUUACACGCGUUCUCUGGCGAAAGGAAGGAAGUUUGAACUACCAUAAGACACGCGAAGAAGUCUGGCACCUUUGAUAAGAAGAAGAAGGCGCGACACGCUUCCUUGAGAGUGCAAGAAUCCUGCGAGCCUCUUCAGGAAGGGCGCUCGAGCACGCGAGCUGAAGUGCACCCUGAAGAGGCUCGUGGCAACGAGUCAAACCAUUAAAUCGAGUGCAUG